AUGGGUGGCACGAUCAAGCGUCUUGGUGGACGAAAGAUCCGAAAGAUCGUUCACGAUGAUUGGGAGAACGACCUAGAGAUCCCCGACUCCUCUCAAGGCCUCAAGAUAAAGAGGCCAGAGCAGCCUAAAUCCCCCGACACAUCGCGACAUGUCAGUUUUGGCUCAACUUCUACUCACACUAGUCCCAUCAAUUGGGGCAAUUCACCUCCCACUUCUCCUUUUGACCAGGAUACCCGACGAGAAUCUGGUCAUUCAAUUCAAGCUUUCCAGAGCAUGCAGUCUAUUCAGUCCGCCACAAGCAAUCUCUCAGCAGCUAUCAACUUGGAUAGAUUCAAAGAUGGCGACGAUGAUGACGAUUUCUUUGAUGGUGGUGACACUAUCAGAGCCUCCAAGACCCACCAACUUCCGAAACCUGUUUCAUUUAUCACGCCUCCCACUCCUCAGAGGGAUGUCAAGCCUGCCAAAGCCGCCAGUACUGAUGACGAUUUUGAGACGGAUCUUGAGCUUCCGUCGGAUGGAAAGCUGAAGCUCUCCAUGAGAAAGGAGAUCCCAAAGACACCUGCUAAUCAGUCGGAUGAUCUGGAUUGGGGAGAGGGGAGCCUGGGCACUCGAUGGGGUGGUACUCGACGAGACACGCGUUCUGCCCGAAACUCGGCUGCUUCCGCUCUCAGCCCAAGUAUUUCAAGUUCUAUCACUGCUGAGAGUGAAGACGAGACGUUUGAUGGAUUGGUCUUGCCUCCUGGUCCUGUUAAUUGGACUGAGAGACUCCAGCAACGCCGAAAGAGCAAAUCUCCCAACCGAAUCUCCGAGGAACCCAUUGUGCCUCCCAAGAAGGUUCCGGCUGAGGCUGAUAAACCCGAUUUUCUUGAUGGGCUCGACAUUGGCGAAGGAGAUGUUUUUGACUCGAGCAAGCUCACUCUGCACAAGAAUGUCAAAGUCAAAGAGACACGACCGGCUAGCCCGGCUCGUCCUAAGACGGCACUGUCUCUCACAUUCACAAACAAACCAGUCAAUUCGACUCGCAUACCCCGUCUGAACCACCAUGAGCGAACUCACUCAACAUCGCUGGAGCCGGUCUCUGAGAGCGGCGGUCCUAUUCCCCAGCGUACACGCCGCUCACAUUCCAGAAUGGGUCACUCGGCUCAGUCAUCCAUUGCCAGUAUGCCAACGCCUACCACAACUUCACCAUCCCGUGGGAUGCCACCCCCACCGCCACGCAGAAGGGAAGUUGGCACGCGAACCUCGACAAACUCGCUUCGCAAUGAACCAACAACAACUAGCGCUCAGCUUCUUAAGCAGAAACGCUCGAUGCCAGCGAUUCGAGCGUCGAAUACCCCGGCCAGACAGUCGGCGUACCGCCAUGAUAGGCCGCCACCAAGGUCUGAAAGCAAUCGACCGUCGUCUGGGAUUCGACCAAAAACGCCGACCGAACGACAGCGACAAGGUUCAAUGGAUAGCCCCGCAACUGUCCGCAAGACACAUCUUCCGUUCCUGCCAGCUGGUGCUUCUCAAUCACAGUCGCAGCACGUUGCUACCAAGCGCAGCGGAUUCCGUCGCCAUGACUCUGACACCUCCAUCGGCUCUAUUGAUUUGCGGCCCAGCUCUCGCACAAUUUCGCGAUCCACAAUGCGAUCGCCCAGCCCCAACCAUCGUCACCGUGCGACUGCGGAUACAUGGGAGCGGUUGAGCAAGCCGAAGAACAAGAAGAACUUUGGCGAUGGCCACGAGCUGGACGGUUUCGAUGAUUUGCCAACAUCCAGAGAAACCGAAACAAGGUACCUGAAACAGCCUACUAGCUCAGGACCCAAGGUUGCCAUGCGCAACAAGCUGUACCAGAACGUUCUUCCAGACAGGAACUUAGUGAACUCCCCAUCACACCCUGCCCCUCGACCUUCCUUCACUCCUCAUUUUGCCCGUGACACCGCUGCAAGUAGAAUUGCACGAGAGACCGCACUGGCGCAACGAGUCCCUAGCAAUGGUCCGUUGACACCUUUGAACUCUCAGCGGACCACUCAUCUUUCGUCGAGGAGUAAUUUGACUCCCACCAUUCCCCACCACUCCAACAUUCGAUCAAGGAAGCAUAAGCGACCCCAGCAGACAAAGCCGCACUUGAUUUCGAACCUGAACAGUGGCAAAGAAUCAAAGAGUAAGUUCAUCGAGAAUCAGAUUACAAGUACUCCCGCUAACCAGGAUUCAGUGGUCAAUGGAAUGUUUUACAACGCAAACACCUACAGAUGGGAGGGCAACGAAAACGCCCUCAACGUGUUUGAGCCUCCAGUACAGACACCUACUCAGGCCGUCGCCUCAACCACUACGCGCGAGAAGGAUUCGGCAACACCUCGUCCGGCAUUGAUCACUAACAUUAGUGCUACCAAGGGCGUUCAGGUCGUUGGCGGCAUGGUGUUUGACCCUCAAAACAUGUGUUGGCUCAAAUUAGACAACCCAGCUCAACCAUCCUCUGAGACUAGCGAUACUAUGGAUGGUUUUGAUGCGCUCGAUGACGACGACGAGGAUGUCUUCAAAGACAUUCCAGAUUUGGAAGACAAUACCGUCGACGAUGAAGGCGUCCAAGGUCGUACUAGCGACAUCAAGGACGAAUGGCUCGUCGGCGAAGAAUUUGACGUUGGUCCUGAGUUCAUCAGACGACAACGCGAAGAAGAAGAUCGGUGGAGAAGAAAGUGCGAGAAAUGGAUCGGCCGAGGAUCCAGAGAUCGCGAAGCUUGGCGGUGGACGAUCCGCGAGCUUGUCUCACAAUUCGCCGAUUUGGCGAUGUGA